UGAAGGCUCCUCUCUCUACCGAACAGCUCCGCGCGCGGCCCCACGAGAGAGCCCGGAGCAACUACUUUCCUCCCUUUCCUUUCUUUCUCCUUUUUUCUCCCCCCACUGCUGGGGAGUGGCGGCGGCGGGGUGGGGGAGACUUUGAAUGACCAAGCUUGCGCCCACCUUUCUCUUCAUGUCGACGUCUCUGGAAACAGUCACACGGAUGCCAUGGUUACUUCUGCCACGAUCUUACAGGUGAACAAGGUGAUGUCCAUCUUGUUUUAUGUGAUAUUUCUCGCUUAUCUCCGUGGCAUCCAAGGUAACAACAUGGAUCAAAGGAGUUUGCCAGAAGACUCGCUAAAUUCCCUGAUUAUUAAGCUGAUCCAGGCAGAUAUUUUGAAAAACAAGCUUUCCAAGCAGAUGGUGGACGUUAAGGAGAACUACCAGAGCACGCUGCCCAAAGCAGAGGCCCCCCGAGAGCCGGAGCAGGGCGAGCCCGCCAAGUCAGAGUUCCAGCCGAUGAUUGCAAUGGACACGGAAUUGCUGCGGCAACAGAGACGCUACAACUCCCCCCGGGUCCUGCUGAGCGAUAGCACCCCCUUGGAGCCCCCUCCCUUGUAUCUCAUGGAGGAUUACGUGGGCAACCCCGAGGUGGCGAACAGAACAUCACGGCGGAAGAGGUACGCAGAGCACAAGAGUCACCGAGGGGAGUACUCCGUGUGUGACAGCGAGAGUCUGUGGGUGACAGACAAGUCAUCGGCCAUCGACAUUCGGGGACACCAGGUCACGGUGCUGGGGGAGAUCAAAACGGGCAACUCUCCCGUCAAACAAUAUUUUUAUGAGACGAGAUGUAAAGAAGCCAGGCCUGUCAAAAACGGUUGCAGGGGGAUUGACGAUAAACACUGGAACUCUCAGUGCAAAACAUCCCAAACCUAUGUCCGAGCACUGACGUCAGAAAACAAUAAACUCGUAGGCUGGCGAUGGAUACGGAUAGACACCUCCUGUGUGUGUGCCUUGUCAAGAAAGAUCGGAAGAACAUAGAUUGGCAUCUCUCCCUAUAUAUAAAUUAUUACUUUAAAUUAUAUGAUAUGCAUGUAGCAUAUAAAUGUUUAUAUUGUUUUUAUAUAUUAUAAGUUGACCUUUAUUUAUUAAACUUCAGCAACCCUACAGUAUAUAAGCUUUUUUUUUCUCAAUAAAAUCCGUGUGCUUGCCUUCCCUCAGGCCUCUCCCAUCUGUUAAACCUUAUUUUGUGACCCAGCUCUUGGGAGCCGCUCUGUAAAAUCUGUGUACACCAGUAUUUUGCAUUCAGUAUUGUCAAGGCCAUGACUGUCGUUUUAGUAAACUUGUUAAAAUCAGAUGAUGUCAGAGUUGUGUAUAGACACAGUAAUAUCCCCCUCCUGGUAUACUUCAUGUUUGAUUAAUUAAAAGAACUGUUUUCACCUCCAUUGAAAACAUCACCAGUAGCUUUGAGCCCCAUGCUUAAU